CAGAAAAGUAAGAAAAAGACAUAAGCCAGGAAGUUGCUGGCUUAUUUAUAUGUCAGUGUGCUGUGCCUGUGAGCUGUGAGCACUGCUGCUGGUGUCAAGGCCUGAAGAAUAAAGCCACAUUGCACAAGGGGCUGGGAGAGUUUGUCUUCAGUUCCUAAAAGCGUUUCAGAAUCACCAGUUCCUUUGAUUCCUGCAUGGUAAUAUUGCACUCUUUAAGUUUUCCAGCAGCAGUUUUCACUCCAACUGGUAAUGUGUGCAGGAUUUCCGUCCAAUUUUCCUAUGGCUCUCCCUGCCUAUCACUGUUAGCACAAAGCCCUUCUCAGAAGAGCUGAAGUCAGAUGCCCUGCUGAGGAAAAUUUCCUUUGGUCUACCACUUCCAGCAGAGCUUUGCUCUCUUAAACCAGCCCAGAGUCUGGUCUGUGCUGUGCUACAACUUCCUAUCCCAUACUCUUCUUUGCAGAUGGAAGCUGCUUUCCUCUUCUCUUUCCCAAGACGUUUGGGAAAAUCAUUUGGGAGCAUCACACAUGACAUUUGAACAAAGCACAACAUGCACAUCAAGGUAGUGACAUGCUCGGGGCACACAGCAUGGAGUCAAGACUCUCUUGGCCACUGCAUCCUCAAUUGGAUUGGCCAAGUCACAGCACUUGCCUGUGCCUCCUCUCUUCUGCUUGUGCUUCCUGAGUCCAGAGGGCUGGUAUAGUGUUGUAAGCCUCUGUAGUGUAGGGCUCGAAGAAAUCCUUAGAAGGAAAACACCAUAGAAACACUGUUAUUCUAAUGGCUAUAAUUUAUCUUUUUUUCUUUUCAUGAGACAACGAAAAUCUGCAAAAUAGCUGCUUUCUAGAAGGCAUUAUGGCCAUGAGUAAGUAGAGAAACACAUCCUGCACUUGGGUAAAUGGGUAUAUGUGGAUACAUGGGGGAGAGAGAGUGCUGUGACAGCAAGGGCAUGUGAAGCAAAAUUUUGGCAAACAGUGGCACAGACGCUCUCAGCCCAAGGCUGUCAUGAUCCUGGUGAGAGGCAUGUCACUGUUUCCUGUCUCCCAGAGAACCCAGGCUUCCCACAAGCUCUCGGGUGGAUAGUUUUGUCGGUGUCUCCUCCCAGUCGCCUCAUUGCAGCAGGAGGCACUGGGGAGGGAAUGACAUUUCCAUUCCAGUAAUGAAAUCUUCUUGGCGUUCCUCCAGUUCCCUAGAAAUUCCUAUCAGAAAUGCAAAUGGCUGGGGAGGGGGAAGAUCAGAGCUUGAGAAGGAAUUAUGAGAGCUUGUCUUGCCUCAGUUUCUCCAUCCCCUUCAUGGUGAUAACACUGUUUCCUCAUGUUCCUGCACUUCGCCAUGUUUCCAGAGUACUGCAGGAGUAUUGCACGCCAGUGGCUGUGGCAGAGCUGACAGUGUAUCGUGUUGUAACUAUAUUGCUCCUUAUAGUGUCUUUCAACCGAGAAUUCUCACCAUAGCUCAUAUGAAAAGGCAACACCGGAUUUUUUUUUUUUUUUUUUUAAAUUGUCUGUCAGUGACUUUUUCCACACCGUGCUAGUAACUUAGUGGCAGCAGAGAUCUCCUUCUGCAGACCUCUCCCUACUUUUUCACUAGCAGAAAAGAGGGCAAGGCCAAACUGAUCCUGCUUGAAAGGUACAGGUGCAUCUUCCCAUGUUGCCGGUGCUCCUCCACAGAUCAGGCACCGGGAUGGGGUGGUCAGCAUCCCUGGAGAUGGGGUCCGGCUGGUGGCCGAGCCAAGCAGAUGAAGAGGGCCGGUCAGGGAAGAUGUGGCUGGGGAUGCCGUGUGCAUGAGGUCAGGCGCUGCUCUUCCCGGCAGAACCUUGGGGUUUCGGGGGGUUUGGAGGGGCUGAGCCCGACGGUAGCCCUAAGCCCUCCUCCCCUGGGGGGCUGGAAGGCACACGGGGGCUUCUGAGGAGCCCGGCUGUCCCCCUGCUUCCUUACGCAGACAGAGGAAUAAGCGACCUGGUUUCCCCCCGUGCUCCGGCAGCUCCCGCCGAUGUGGGUCAGGCCGCCGGGAACCAGGCCGCCCCGUGGAGCGGUCCCCGGGAGACGCCGUCUCCAGAGCCCCCCUUGGCCCCCAGCCCUGGCCCGAUCCCCGGCACGAUGUUGGCCGGCGGGCUCCGUGAUUCGCCGCUUCGGGGGCGGCGGGCUCAUGCAUAUUCAUGAGCGUGAUGUCAGACGGGGAGCACAGCGCACGGUGACCGCCCGAGAGCGCCAUUUCCUGGAGGAGAAGGCGGUGGCUCAGGAGGGGCGGGCGGACGGACGGACGGACCGACCCGAGCUGAGAGGAGCUGAGCGGAGCGGAGGAGCCGCCGAGCGGCAGUUGUGCCGGCAGGGGGAGACCGACAGGCAACAGCACCCGGCCCCGACCCCACCGACCGACCGACAGCCCCCGCCGUCGCCUCCCGGCGGACUCUCCUACCGAUUGUCCCCGCCGGAGUCUCAGCCAGAAGUUUGAGCGUCCCCGCAGCCUCCCGGGGCAGUCCGGUGUCAGGCGGCGACGCGAGGCUGCUCCCGCUGUCGCCCCCGCCGCCGCCUCCGUGGGGGAGGGUGGGAGCCCUCCGCGGCGCCGGGAGCUGAGGGGAGGAUGGUGUUGCGGGAGCGACGGAGCUGAAGCGGAGCAUGGCGAUCCCGCGGCUCCUCUUGCUGGGACUCUGGUGUGCUGCGGCGCUCUGGGACUUCGUUGCCGUGGCAGGUAUGAAAUUUACAGGAUCUCCAAUCAAAUUAAAGGUGUCCCAGGGUCAACCCGUCAAACUAAAUUGCAGCCUCGAGGGAAUGGAAGAUCCCGAGAUGUUGUGGAUCAAGGAUGGAGCAGUGGUGCAAAGCGUAGACCAGGUGUACAUUCCAGUAGAUGAAGAACACUGGAUCGGCUUCCUCAGCUUGAAAUCCGUCGAGCGGACAGAUUCUGGGAAGUACUGGUGCCAGGUUGAGAACGGGGGGAAGAAGGAAGAAUCACAACAAGUGUGGCUCAUAGUGGAAGGUGUGCCCUACUUUACUGUGGAACCUGAGGAUGUGUCCGUGUCCCCUAAUGCCCCGUUUCAUAUGGCCUGUGCUGCUGUUGGUCCCCCUGAACCAGUGACAAUUGUCUGGUGGAUGGGAGACUCUAGAGUGGGGCUUCCAGACAUCUCCCCUUCCAUCUUAAAUGUGUCAGGUAUUAAUCAAAGCACAGUUUUCUCCUGCGAAGCUCACAACGUGAAGGGAUUGUCUUCGUCUCGGACAGCCACUGUUCAAAUUAAAGCCAUGCCUCUCCCGCCUCUCAAUCUCACUGUAAGCCAAGUCACCAGCAGCAAUGCCAGCAUGGUCUGGGUGCCAGGAUUUGAUGGCCGUGCACCCCUCCACUCUUGCACUCUUCAGGUAGCUGAGUCACCAGAUGGCCAGGAGGUCUCCACAGAAGUCACCCCAGUGCCCCCCUUUGCCUAUGGUGUGCAAGGCCUGAAGCAUUCCACCAACUACAGUGUUCGUGUGCAGUGCAGCAAUGAGAUGGGCAGCUCCCCUUUCACUGACCGGGUUUAUUUCCAGACCCUGGAGCUUGCUCCAAGCAGCACCCCACAAAAUAUCCAUGUUAUCCAGAGAGACCCUGGGCUGAUUUUGGAGUGGGAAGGUGUGGCUCCUGAUGUGCUGAAAGAAAAUGUCCUGGGCUACAGGCUGGAAUGGAUUCAGGAUAAUGUAACUCAGGGGGAGAUGAUUGUGCAGGAUACAAAAGCUAAUCUGACCACCUGGAACCCACUCAAAGACCUGAUCAUCAGGGUGUGUGUGCUGAACUCUGCAGGGUGUGGACCCUGGAGUGACCUCUUCCUGCUUGAAGCCAAAGAGGUGAUGGGUGGCCAGAGGCAGCCUCCUUAUGGGACAUCCUGGGUUCCUGUGGCAUUGGGUAUUCUGACAGCUCUGGUCACAGCUGUUGCCCUGGCUCUUAUUCUCCUUCGAAAAAGAAGAAAGGAAACUCGGUUUGGCCAUGCCUUUGGCAGUGUGGUUGGCAGAGGGGAUCCAGCAGUCCAUUUCAGAGCUGCCAGGUCUUUCAACAGGGAGGGCCCAGAGCUCAUUGAAGCAACAUUGGAAAGUGUAGGGAUCAGUGAUGAGCUGAAGACAAAACUCAAAGAUGUCCUAAUCCAGGAACAGCAGUUCACCUUGGGAAGAAUGUUGGGCAAAGGGGAAUUCGGGUCAGUUCGGGAGGCACUGCUGAAGCUGGAUGAUGGCUCUUUCCAGAAAGUGGCAGUGAAGAUGCUGAAAGCGGACAUCUUCACUUCGACUGACAUUGAGGAGUUCCUGAGGGAGGCUGCAUGUAUGAAGGAGUUUGAUCACCCACAUGUCACUAAACUGAUUGGAGUCAGCCUGCGGAGCCGUCCCAAGGGCCGUCUCCCAAUUCCCAUGGUGAUCCUGCCCUUCAUGAAGCAUGGAGAUCUGCAUGCUUUUCUGCUGAUGUCAAGGAUUGGGGAAAACCCUUUUAACUUGCCUGUUCAGACACUCCUGAAGUUUAUGAUUGACAUUGCCAGUGGGAUGGAGUACUUGAGCUCCAAAAAUUUCAUACACAGGGACCUUGCAGCUCGGAACUGCAUGUUGGAUGAGAACAUGAACGUAAGUGUUGCAGACUUUGGGCUUUCUAAGAAAAUCUAUAGUGGAGACUACUACCGUCAGGGCUGUGCUUCCAAGCUGCCAGUGAAGUGGCUUGCUCUGGAAAGUCUGGCAGAUAAUCUGUACACAACACACAGUGAUGUGUGGGCGUUUGGGGUGACCAUGUGGGAGAUUGUGACCCGAGGGCAAACCCCUUAUGCUGGCAUUGAGAAUGCAGAAAUCUACAACUACCUCAUCAGUGGGAACAGGCUGAAGCAGCCACCAGAGUGCCUGGAAGAUGUCUACGAUCUCAUGUGCAGCUGUUGGCAUCCUGAGCCCAAGCUACGCCCCAGCUUCGGAGUGCUCCGGUCCCAGCUGGAAAUGAUUCGGGGGAGGAUGUCCAUACUCUCUUCCAGCCAAGAUCCUCUCUACGUCAACAUUGGGAAGGACAAAGAGGUGUCUGGGAGUGACCCUGCCCUUCACACCUCCUUUGGAAACAUGGACAGUGAAGAGACCAUUGCUGGGGCAGCUGCUGCUGUCACAAGUGACUAUCGCUACAUCAUGAGCCCCCUGUGCCUUGGAGAUGAUGCCGAGGGUGAAAGGCAUCCAGAUGGGCAGGAAGGGGAGGACAAAAGCCUUCUGUAUGAGCUGGAGACAGAAGGAGAGAAAAGUUGUUAGCUUGUACAUAUCAGUGACGCUCUGCUUCCCUGGGACAGGACACAAGCACCCGUGGUGCCGUGUCUCCUGGGGCUCCGAUGCCGGAGCUGGAAUGGCUUUGAGCAGCACUGGCCAGAACUCUUAGGCAUCUUUUAAAGCUUUCAUCACCCGUGUGGGCUGCAGUGGCAGACAGCUUGGAAGGACUGCAACCCCAGCAGCCCCUUGGAUUUGGGGGAGGAGGGCAGGAGGGUUACAGGUUGAUUGCAUUCCACUGGAAGGAGUUCAAAGCUGAGGUCUACGCUCAGCUCCUUCCCCCUGACUGCUGGAGCAGAGCUGAAUGCACCCUCUGUUCAGUCAGUGUUUGCUCUUGUGUAGAUAUUGUCUUCAGUCCUGCCUGCCUGACUUUGGACCUGGUACCUCUGAAAACAUUAGUGGGUAUUUGCACUAUCAUUCAGGACAAGGGGGGCAAAAAUUCCCCUGGUGUUCACUCAGCAGUACUGCCCAGACUUGUUGCCUACCUCAGUGGUUCUCAAACUGAUCUUUGGACCUGCUUCUACCCAGCACUGAGUUUGAACAUCUGGCAUAUUCCAUGCAGUGACAAUUGCUACUCCCUCCGUCCAGGGCUUUUUUAAGAGUUUCAGACAUUUUGGUGAGUGAUGAAAUUAGGGAAAAAAAUGAAAAUCCAACAUCUCUCUCUUCACUCUACGUAUCUCUCUUAUGUCUUUCUUUUUCUUCUGUUUGAUGCCAAUUCAGGCCCGACCAGACAUGCAGCUGGCAUUAAAAUGUGAAGGGAGGGAGAGCAGCUAGUAUGUGUGAGGACAGAAUCCAACUUCAAAGGGAUGUAAAGGAAACAGUGUAGAGAGGACUUUUAACACCAGUAUGGGGAAGCAGUGCUAAUUAAGGCUUAAGUGCUGCCCUCCAGGAGAGGGAUGAGACAGCUUACAUUCAGAAUGGCAGACUUGCUUCAGUUUCAGCAGGAGCAAGAUUCAGCAUUUGCUUUAAAAUAGGAUUUGUUUCAUCUUCAACAGUCCUAUUUUUCAGAUAACCAAGUGCUCUAGAGAAGGUUGAUUUUGGGAAGGUGUGUGUCUUGGUGGCAAAGGAUCACCUGGGAGAUCCUGUUUCUGAAGUGAGUCCUCAUGAUGAAAAAAACUUGAGAACCACUGGCCUUCCUGCUUAGGAGGUCUUCUGGCAUGCUGUAAAAGCCACAUCAGAACAUAGACUAGUAUCACUGCAGCCUUCCGGACAGGGCAAAAUUAAUGGUUUUGCUCUUUGGGUUUUGUUUUGUUUUCCAAUCAGCAUGUCUGGCUCACUAUAACUGCAAGCGCUUUUGUGGUUUUUAAUAAUUUAAUAUUUUACUGAAAAUCAGCAUUUGUUUUGUGCAGUGGUUCCCAGCAAGGAAGUACAGUUACACAUUACUCUACUUAUCCUAAAUAUUUGCUAGAUCUGAAUUUAUUUUCUUUCAAGUGCACUGAAAACUUGACAGUAUCACAAGACUUAGGAUUCCAUAUUGCUCUUCCUCAGAAACAAAUACCACAAAUGUCAUCAUUUGCUGAUCUGGCAAAGGUGGGACCUGUAAGUUCGAGGAGUUUGCAGACUUGGUAUCAGAACACUCCACUCUUCAAUGCCCAGUAUUUGCUUAUUGUAAGGUUCAGAGCCAACUACAAAAUUCAGGUCCAGUUUCAGCCCUUAGGAUGAACACUUCCUAGGGAAGGGGAAUUUCAGCCUGGGGCUUGAGCAUGGAUCCUUUCUCUAAAGUUUCCUACUGAACAGUGAUGUCCUACAGGUACCUCCAGAAGUUCAGUACAGUUUCUCACUUGCAGAUACAAACUGCAGUGUCUUAUACCCCAGGCAGCCCAGGGUUUUCUCUUAAUUUAUCUGGAAUACUGUAAGUGCAAGUGAGAACACCUAACAAAAACCUGUGUGGUGUGCAUUUACAGUGAGGGCAGAAGGCUAUGCUUCCUGCAGCUGCCUGGGAAGCACAGAUGUACAUACAGACUCUAACUUUGGGAAGCAUGUCUUUAGUUUUUAUGCAUUUUUUUUAAUAAUAAAACAUGUACUGUGUCUGAGUCCCA